AUCUACCUUUUAGCUCUCAAACCGGAAUUUGUUGUUGGGUUUGGUCUCUGUUCACGUUCUGGGUUCACUGCUGCUUUGCGUUUUGGGUGUGCUUGAGUUAUUUGUUACUCUCUGUGCUGCUGUGUUCAGUUUCUUUUGCUAUGGCUGACGACAAUCCUCAGAAAUUUACUGAUCUACCUUUGUCUCCGGUUACUUUUGGUGUUCGGGAUAAAUUUCCAACUAUAAGUAGGACUCUGGUUAAAUUUCAAGCUGCAAGAAUGACUUCGAUUCAAGCAAAGGCAAUUCCACUACUUUUGAGGGGAGAUGAUCUUGCUGCUUAUUCAAGUAAUGGUUCUGGGAAAACUCUUGCAUACUUAAUUCCAGCUUUGGACCAUUUGUGCAAAAACAAAUAUGAACCUGAUGAUGGAAUUAUUGUGAUGGUCUUGUGCCCAAAUACUAUGGUUGCUAUACAGAUUGAUAGAGAUAUCAAGACAAUUUUAAAAGAUUCUCCUCAAACUCUUCAAACUAUUGGACGUUUAAUUGCAUCACCAGGAGAUAGAUAUGUAAGGAAAAACUUAUUGAUAGCUACACCUGCUGGGCUUCGUUAUCAUCAUGCAUAUGAUCCUGAAAGAAUCAAAUAUGAUAAGCUAAAGUUCCUCAUUUUUGAUGACCCAUACUUGAUUUUGAGAUUCUCCGAUCAGAAAAAAUGGAAUUGGGUUAGGUCAAAUUUCCCGAAGGAACAACUCCAGAUAGCUAUAUUUUCAGUUACAAAAUUGAAGCGUGAAUGUCUUCUUCGCCUGCUGCCAGAAGGGAGGAGACCUGGUGAUUUUUCUGUUAUUGAUGAAGUCCAAAACCGACAAUGGGUAACCAAUGAUAGAUUGGAACAAGAAUUUAUUCUUGUUCCAUGCGCCAAGCGGCUGAUUACUCUCUAUAUCAUGUUGAAGACCACUAAAUCUAAAAAAGUGAUGGUUUUUUUCUCUACAACUGAGAGUGUCAAAUUCCAUGAAGAACUUUUCACCUUCCUUGAUGUAAAGUGUUAUGGUGUUCAUGGUGAUCAAACCGUAUCCGAACAUUCAAAAAUAUAUUAUUCCUUCAGCAACGCAGAAGAGAUGAUCUUGUUGUGUACUAAUAUCGCUGCUUUUGGACUAAACAUACCUGAUGUGGACUUGAUUGUGCAGUACGAUCCGCCGAUUGAUCCAGAGGAAUAUAUCCACAAGGUUGGUAGAACAGCUCGUGGGACAAGGAAAGGCAAUGCUCUACUUUUUUUGAUGCCUCACGAAUUGAGAUUUAUUAGCUUCAUGAAGACACAUAAAGUCCUUAUCAGAGAGCAUAUGUUUGACGAAAAGAUGGCUCCAAAUGUAGGAUCUUAUCUGUUGAGAUUGGUUGCCGAGACUGAAGAGUUGAUGGAAAUGGCUACAAAAGCAUACAUUGAAUACAUAUCCGCAUACAAUUUGAUUACCAUGAGGGAUAUAUUUGGUAUCCAUCUUCUCGAUAAAGAGGCUGUGGCUGCUUCAUUCUGUCUUUGGAAUCCUGUUACCGAAGCAAUUUGAUAUUACCGAAGCUUGCCUUUGCGUGUUUUGUUGCAUCUGACUGUGGUUUGUGUAAGGCUUUUGCAAACUUUGCGAUAUCACUUCUCUCUAUCUCUCAAGCUGUAGAAUAGUAGCAGUGUCCAAGAAAACUUUUCCUUUUUUCUAUUAUCUGUGGCCUUAAUUUAGUGGAUAUGGGCGGAAAUGUAUUAUUCUUUAAAGAAUUGAAAUGGUGUGUGGAAUUGUUCAUGAUGGUCAAGCUCACUUUUAACCAUUAGA